UGCCUGCACAGGAACACACGAACCACCGGCCGGGCGGCAGAAUACGGAACAGCGACACAACCCUUGGUUAAACGGCUAGCACAGGCGCAUGUAGUUAGCGGUUAGUUAUUUGAACAUGUUCGCUUAUCAGUCUCCUUGUGCAAAAAUAUGAAGGUGAUUGCGUUUGCUCAAAACUGCGCCACUGGCUGAGACUAUUGUGUCAGUAAACUAACGAGACAUAUACUGUACCGCACGUACCCUCCCUGCUUCUUCUCCUCCCUGGCCCCGGUCCCGGCCCCGGCCCCGGCCGCGUUUAGCUCCUUGCCUCCGGUAUUGGAUAUCUCAAUGGCGCAGCCGAGAGAACCAGCCCCGGGAAAUGUGGAGGAUGACAAGACGGACGGUAUCAACGACGCAGAGCUGGCACUGAAAGGGAUCAAUAUGCUCCUCAACAAUGGAUUCAAGGAGAGCGACGAGCUCUUCAGAUUAUACAGGAACCACAGUCCUUUGAUGAGUUUUGGGGCCAGUUUUGUGAGUUUUCUGAAUGCCAUGAUGACGUUUGAGGAGGAGAAAAUGCAGUUGGCCUUUGAGGACCUCAAAGCUACAGAGAGACUGUGUGAGAGUGAAAACGCCGGUGUUAUUGAGACCAUUAAAAACAAGAUCAAGAGGAAUAUGGACUCUCAGAGGUCGGGGGUUGCUGUACUGAACCGACUCCAGAGGCAGAUCAUCAUUGCAGACUGCCAGGUUUACCUCGCAGUGUUGUCUUUCAUCAAACAAGAGCUGUCAUCAUACAUCAAAGGAGGCUGGAUCCUCCGUAAAGCCUGGAAGAUGUACAACAAAUGUUACAGCGACAUCACACACCUGCAGGAGAGCAGCAGAGCCUCUGAACAGCGAGCAACUCCGCCUCCAUCUGUGUCCUCUGACACGUCCGACCACAGCCUCACGUCUUCACCCGGGCCGAGCCCACCCCUGGGACUGGGCGGCAUCAGCCCAGAGGCUCUGGAUCGGCUAAAAGGUUCGGUCAGCUUUGGUUACGGCCUCUUCCACCUCUGUAUCUCCAUGGUGCCGCCGCACCUCCUGAAGAUCGUCAACCUGCUGGGCUUCCCUGGCGACCGCCUUCAAGGCCUGUCAGCGCUCACAUACGCCAGUGAAAGUAAGGACAUGAAGGCCCCCUUAGCUACCCUGGCCCUCCUGUGGUACCACACAGUAGUGCAGCCCUUCUUUGCUCUGGAUGGCACAGACACACAGGCAGGCCUGAUGGAAGCCAAAUCCAUUCUUCAACAAAGGGAGGCUAUCUAUCCAAACUCCUCCCUCUUCACUUUUUUCAAAGGCAGAGUCCAACGCCUCGAGUGCCAGAUCAGUACAGCCUUGACGUCCUUCCGUGAUGCCUUAGAUCUGGCCUCUGACCAGAGGGAGAUUCAGCACGUGUGUUUAUAUGAAAUAGGUUGGUGCAGCAUGAUCGAACUGAACUACAAAGAAGCCUACAGGGCCUUUGAGCGACUGAAGACCGAGUCUCGCUGGUCCCAGUGCUACUACGCCUAUUUAACUGGAGUGUGCCAAGGAGCCACAGGUGAUCUGGACGGAGCUGUCACGGUUUUCAAGGAUGUUGAAAGACUUUUCAAACGCAAGAAUAAUCAGAUAGAGUUGUUCUCCAUGAAGAGGGCUGAGAAGCUUAAGACCACCAGUCUAUCCAAAGAACUCUGCAUCCUGUCUGUGAUUGAGAUUCUUUAUCUGUGGAAAGCUCUGCCCAACUGCUCCACCGCCAAGCUUCAGACAAUGACACAAGUCCUGCAGGGGAUUGACAAUGCCUCGUGUGCAGGGCUGAAAAACCUGCUUCUUGGUGCCAUAAACAGAUGUCUUCAUAAUAACAAAAAUGCCAUUCAGUUUUUCCAUCUGGCUGCCAGGGAUGAGGUUGGUCGUCUGAGCAAUUCCUAUGUGCAGCCCUAUUCCUGCUAUGAACUGGGCUGUGUGCUGCUGAACACCCCAGAGUCUGCAGGGAAGGGCAGAAUGCUGAUGCUUCAGGCUAAGGAGGACUAUGCUGGCUAUGACUUUGAGAACAGACUCCAUGUUCGUAUUCAUUCAGCUCUCGCCUCCACGACGGCUGCUGCAGCCCAGCCUUGACAUUUUAUCGGCACCUCAAAGAACUGGAAGAAAUGUCUUUAAGCCACAAUACCAUUCGAGUCACCAAUGUUACACUGUUUAUUUUUUUUAUUUUCAUAUUCUGAGCCAAUGCAUCAUUUUAAAAUGUGUGCAAUAUAUACAGUACAGCAGGUGUUUUAUGGGAGUACAGUUACAAGAGGGGUUUUACUUUACAGUUACUUAAUGUUACUGUACUUUACAAUAAAUUGGAAUUGUAUAGUUUAAAGGUUAAUUUUAAAGCUAGAUGGCAGUCAAAUCAGAUUAAAAAAAAAAACAACAAUUUUUUCCUCUGGGUUGGAGGGAAGUCAGGUCAACUACCGUAAUGGCACAUGCAGUAUUAACUGACAAAGUGGUUAAAAUGAAAUGACUGCCAACUUGUGACAUUUGUGAUGUAAAGGCUUUGCUAAUCCAUAGGAAUGAGUACUAAACUUGAUUCUUUUUUAAACGUAGCUCCUUUGUUUAAGCAGAAUUGUUUUUAUCAGUGUAAAUAUGUCUUGCACACAGGUUUUAAUAGAUGUGCCAUCAUCACGAGCCUUGAUGCACAGUGCUACUCUUGGCUGUGAACUGGCUCCAAUUUAUAUUGUUUGUUUUAAGAUAAUAAAAUUAAUAUUGUAAAAUGGAA